AUGCGGUACUGGAAGUUUUCAGAUAAAGAGCAAAUUUUUGCACAUCCUAUUCCACCGCGCAAGGUAUCAGAGAUGAAAUCGAUGCUCAAGCAGCGUGGAUUGACGCUUUCGGGGACUAAGGAAGUCUUGAAAGCUCGCCUCGAAGACUAUGACCUUGUACAAAACGAGAUCUACCUCUUGGUGACACAAUUACCAUGCGCUUUCGAUGCCGCGCAGGCUAAGCGGGUCUGUGCUAGGUUCUAUGGAAAUACGUCGUCAUCACUCAUCGCAUCUUCAGUCUCUAAAAUCAUCAACACAGCACAGAUCUUUCAGCCCGCUAUCUUUAGACUCUGCAAACAGACACGCCUGGAGGGACUUCCUGUCUUUUAUGCGCAACGGAAUCUCAGUCUAGGUGGCUAUUACCUUCUGCAAACUCACAAAUUCAUAUACCAAAACGUCAGAGCAGAAUACGAUACCUGGCUUGAGACUUUAGGGCCUGAGAUGCGGGCGACAUUCGGUAAAAUCACAUUUAAGAUGAACAAGGAAAUGGACAGUGAGGCGAUCCAGAUUCUUCUUCGGGCCGUAUCCUUGUUAAAGAAUACAACGGUAUGUUGCAGAUUCUAUGCUAGUUAUGUAUACUUCCACGAGAAGUGGAAAGUGUUUCGAGAGACGGUGCAUGAGAGGAUGCAGGAAAGGACCAACUCGCCUGCAGAUGUCCAGAUAUUGAUCGACAGAGCUGAUCAAGGGAUUGACAUCGCACAGGCAACUGCGACUGCCGUCACUAACAUGCAGUCCUACUUUAAAGACGAUUCACCGCAAACAAGUCUCGAGAUUGUCUUCCUACCUGUAUUCACAAAACGAUCAGGAUGA